GCUGGCUGCCCUCAACGAAUGUCUCGGUUACGAUUGCGACCAUUGCUAAUUUCUCCUUGACAACUUCUAAUCUGGAUACUGCUCUGAUUUGAAAUUGAUAUUACAGACUGAAUUACCUAUUCUUGGCCGUUUUCCUCCAACUUUCGAUAAAACUUGCAUACGACAUUCGACAAAUAACAUACCAUGAGUGGAGGAGGAAAUGUCAAAGUUGUGGUACGAUGUAGACCAUUGAACCAAAGAGAAAUUACGAGGAACUCCUCCGUGCUUGUUCGCAUGGAUGGAAACCAGACGAUUUUAACGAGAUCAGUGACUGACGACAAAGCGGUCAAAGAAGACGACAAAAAAGCCUUCACUUUUGAUAAAUCGUUCUGGUCCGUCGACCCUGCUGACCCGCACUUUGCAGACCAAGAGGCAGUCUAUAAGGACUUGGGCGAAGAUCUUAUGGGCCAUGCAUUUGAUGGUUACAAUUGCUGUAUAUUUGCAUAUGGCCAGACUGGGUCUGGAAAAUCAUACUCCAUGAUGGGUUAUGGAGAGGACAAGGGUAUUAUUCCUCGAGCGUGCCAAGAAUUGUUCGACCGCAUAGCCAAUGCUUCCGACCAGUAUCUCACAUACAGAGUCGAAGUUACAUACAUUGAAAUCUAUAAUGAAAAGGUUCGAGAUCUUUUGAACCCGAAGAACAAAGAUAAUUUGAGAGUCAGAGAACACCCGCGCUUUGGUCCUUAUGUCGAAGACUUAUCCCGGCUUGUUGUAAACUCUUACGACGACAUCUCCCAUUUGAUGGACGAGGGUAAUAAAGCGCGAACCGUUGCUGCUACGAAUAUGAAUGAAACGUCAUCGCGUUCACAUGCAGUAUUUACCAUCUUCCUUACUCAAAGAAGGCACGAUACUAUGACCAAACUAGACACGGAAAAAGUGGCGAGAGUUAGUUUGGUGGAUCUUGCGGGAAGUGAGCGUGCUAACAGUUCAGGUGCUACGGGUCAACGUUUGAAAGAAGGAGCGAACAUCAAUCGAUCGCUGACAACGUUGGGAAAAGUCAUCGCUGCUCUCGCAGAGCAAUCUCAGCAUGAAGGAAAACGAGGGCGCAAAAAGGAAACUUUCAUCCCCUAUCGUGAUUCGACUUUGACUUGGCUCUUGAAGGAUUCGUUAGGUGGAAAUUCAAAAACCACCAUGAUUGCAACGAUAUCACCAGCCUCUGAGAAUUAUGAAGAGACUUUGAGUACGUUGCGAUAUGCUGAUCAAGCCAAGAAGAUCAAGAACAAGGCUAUCGUAAACGAGGAUCCUAAUGCUAAAUUGAUUCGCGAACUCAAAGCGGAGCUGGAGUUCCUCAAGGAUAAACUCAUGUUGUAUGCACCGGAAGAAGUCCGACAACUGGCGGCAUCUAGUGCGUACCUGCGUGAAAGCGGAAAACACGGCGCAGCUGCAAAAGUGGCAGCAGCAGCUAUACCAGCUUCACAGGAAAUUACAUUUACCGACCAGGAUGGCAACGUUCGCAAAAUGACGAAGGAGGAAAUAGUGGAACAAAUGUUGUCUUCUGAAAAACUCUUCAACGAACUCAAUGAAACUUGGGAGGAGAAACUGAAGCGGACCGAAGCUGUACAGAUCGAACGUGAACAAGCACUGGCUGAAAUUGGCGUUACCGUAGCAAAGAAUCGAGUGGGUGUGUAUACGCCGAAAAAGAUGCCACAUCUGGUCAAUCUGAACGAAGAUCCACUUAUGUCGGAAUGUCUCAUGUAUCAGAUUAAGCCUGGUCGAACACUUGUUGGGCGUCAAGAAAGCGAUGUACAUGCUGAUAUUCGACUAAGUGGCCCUAACAUCCUCGAUGAACAUUGCUACUUUGAAAACAUUAACGGUAUUGUAACCUUGUAUCCCAGCGAAGGCUCCAUGACGAUGGUAAAUGGUACUCGUAUUUCCGAGCCUCGAAAGCUUUCAAGUGGCUGCCGUAUUAUCCUAGGAGACUACCACAUCUUUCGCUUGAAUCACCCAGAAGAAGUUCGCAGAGAGCGAAAUUUACACAAAUCAGUGGUGACAACCCAUGCUACAGCCAUGUCCGCCGGUCAUGACAAAGAUGAUCAAUUUCGUCGCCCUGAAUCCCCUACUUUUAAUGAACAAGCUGACUGGAAGUUCGCCAAACGAGAAGCUGUCCUGAAUGAGUCUCAUUUUGGGGAUAUGGAUGAUGAAGAGCUCGAAAAGUUGUUUGACGACAUAUCCAAAGUACGAAACCUCAGACGAUCCCGUCCUGAAAGUAGAAUGGAUGACGAUGCUUCUACUUAUUCUGGUUCAUCGACCGGAGCAGUAUUGGUGCCUACUACAAUUUCUAACUUUAAUGACGCUCAAGACGAGAGUGACGAAAGCGCAACUAGAGUAUCGACUACGGACGUGGAAGAGAAACUUCGGUUAGCUAAAGAGGAGAUGCAGAGGCAACUAGAAAUGCAGAAAAAUGAGUACGAAGAAAAGAUCAAGGUUGUGGAAGCGUCUACUUUACCUGCAGAUGAGAUCCAGAUUGAGCGAGAUGAAAUGCACAGAAAGCUACAGCAAGUUCAAGAGCAGAUGGAGCAAGUUCUACAGCAGCAAAGGCAGGAGUAUGAAUCACGAAUCAAAAGAAUCUCGCAGCAAGUACCAGAGCCUCUCCAGAAUGGAUAUACCGCCACGCAAUGGAGGCUGAUGCGAAAAGUUGUACAAAAGUGGAAGAAGCAUAAGGAUAUCUUGAUGGCAGAAGCAAUAAUGCUGAACUCUGUUAUACUGAAGGAAGCCAAUGUGAUUGCAAAGGAACUUGGCAAAUCCAUCUUGUAUCAGUUUUGUGUUCUGACGGAUGAGUACACCAUCAACCCUGUCUCAUUUUGGGAGAAUGGCUCUUCGCCUGCAGUAUCGUCGGAAGAGGAGACCACCACCGUCCCUGGCAAAACCCCUUGCAUAGGCAUUCGAGCAAUGGAUUCAAAACACAACGUUAUCUACUAUUGGUCCCUGGAAAAGCUGAAACAGCGACUGCAACGCAUGCGAAAUUUAUACAACUUCAUCGAUCGGCCAAUGUACAGAAAGCAUUUCAACUGGGAGGACCCAUUUUAUGAAACACCUAUACCUCGAUUCACCUGUGUUGGCAAAGCAACCUUACCUGUACGAAAUUUAGCCUUGCAACAACCUUUACAGAGUCAAGUUCAAAUCAUAUGCCCGAUAACUGGAAAGUCAAAAGGUCUCCUCACUGUACUGGUCUCCCCAUUAGCUCGCUCACCAGCGCAAUCUCGAUCAGAGGACAAUUCUACUGAAAGCAACCAUCAAAGUGCACCCGAUGUUGAUUAUUCAAACAGCCUUAUCAAAGUCGGAGAGCAGCUUUUGGUUGAAAUUCAGGUCCUCGGUGCUGAAGGUAUCAACGAGUCUGAUUGUACACAAGUCCAUGCGCAGUUCAGGUUGUCGGAAUUUGGAACAGUACCUCCAUAUUCAGCGAAGGACAAGAUAUUCAGUUCAGAUUUCAUCACAGACUUUGGUACCUCUCCUAUAGACUUUGGUUUCAGCCAAACUGUGUCGCUCAUAACUACGCCGAAAACGGUUCAAAUUUUCAAUCAUGGCUUCAUCACGAUUGAAGUCUUUGCACACUUACAAUCCGGCAUGAUUGAACAUUUUCGACAAUGGGACGAGGAACAGGAGCAAAAACAUGUACUUGUCAAAGAGAAACCGUCUUCUAUGUCAACAGAAGUUCGUAGAGACUCUCGUGAUGAUCCCUUGUAUGCGGAACAAUUGGAUGUUUUUGCAUCUAUCCAGCUAUCGGAACUCGCAUUGGAUGGAGAGUAUAUUCCAACCCAAGUUUUGCUGAAUGGUUCAACUGGAACAGGGGUUUUUCUCCUCAGACAAGGUAUUCAGCGUCGCGUUGUAUUUAGCUUGACACAUUCGUCAGGUCGCCAAUUCCCAUGGCAGCGAGUUAUCAAAGCUACAUUUGGAAACGUUCGUCUAGUUGACGCAAAAGGGCAGAUCGUCGAUGAGAUGCUUCACGAACCGGUGCCUAUCAAUUUACUGUCUCAACAACAGGUAGACUAUCGUCAAGACGGUACAAGCACCAUAGACGCGCAAGGUGCUUGGGACAGUUCAUUGCAUGAAGCAGCUUUUCUCAACCAAAUAACUGCAGCAGGUCAUCAAGUUCAACUUUCCUUGUCCUGGGAAGUGGAGGCUGAUAAAUGCGAUAAACCAUUGCAGUUUUCUACGGAUGUAUUUGUACAAAUUCAGGGCCGAGACGCUUCCAACCCAUCCAAAUUUAGAACAUUGAUAACCCCCACACGCAUCACUACCAAGAUUACAUCGGUGUACGUGGUGCAAUUGCGACCGCCACAAUCACGAAAGAUUGAUGAUUUAUGGAGAACCAAUACUUCAAAAGGAUAUGUUCGUGGAGAGGAGUUUUUGGGAAACUGGAAACCACGCAGUAUCUCCAUUGUACGAGAAUUUCAAACAAUGAGCAAUUCCCAGAAGCAUAUGCAAGACGUUGUUGCAACGAGGCAAAUGCUUUAUUUACAAGGGGGUGUAGAAGACCAUGCGGGCGCCAGACUUGAUUCGCUACCGCGACUUCCUGAGGCGAAAGGGUAUCUUCUCAAGCACAUUGUGGACCUCUGGAUAGCAGCUUGUAAACACCAUUCAGGAUUGGAUAUCAUACAAGCAAGGCGAAAAGCGGCUGCAAAGCAAGAUCCUGAACCGUGGAAAUUGAAAGUGCCCACUAAACUGGUCCCAUAUGUCAAACCAGUUAUACCAACGGAUGUUGUGACCAAGAAAGGAUACCUCAGUUUUCCGGAAAACGCUGACGAGGUUUGGGUCAAGCGAUGGAUUGUAUUCAAAAGACCGUAUCUGCAUAUUUAUUUAAGCCAGUCCGACUAUGAACAGCAAGGCAUCAUUAAUCUCAGCCAAGUAAAGAUUGAUUACAAAAAGGACUUGGAGAAGAUGCUAGAGCGUGAUAACGUGUUUGCAGUUUAUACAAGCAAUAAUGCGUACCUGUUCCAAGCUGGCAAUCGUUCAGAGAUGAUUGACUGGAUAGCUAAGAUAGAUCAAUUCUACCCGGUGCAAGCCCUCCGGGAUGAAAGAACCUAAUUAUAUUGUAUUAUUUAUUAACUCACUAUUUCCACCUAAUCUCUAUUAUGUAUACUAUUAUUUUCACGAAGGUGAUAAAGGCUAAAAGUGAAUUUUUCGACCCUAUGGAAUUUUG